AUGGAAGAAAUAGUCAACGCCAAGGUUGACCAAAUCCCCGAGAUCAAUACCAAAUUGGAAACGUUUAACAACGACACCAUGAAUUCUGAAGAAAACUCCGCAGUGCUUCCGUCCCGCGUACGAAAGGAGCGACAAAUGAGAGACAGCCCAACAUUUCAGGAACUGCUGAAAGAUGUGCGGAAUGACAAGAAGGGCAAGAAAAACGACAAGUGCGGUGCCCCAAAAAUCCCUACUUGGGCCGCAGUACAUUACCCCGAGGACGACUCUACUGGCGUCAUCUACACCAAUAAGAUUCUCGAUCUCUCUUCCUGUGAAGAGAAUGCAGAGAUUCUCAUUCGCUGGACCAAGGACUCGUUGGUACCUGCCCGUAUCAUAGCCGUGUCAGAUUCAUUAGAGGAGCUUGAGGAUGCCAUCAAACGUUUUGACGAAGCCAUGGAUGAAGAUGAGUUUGAUCCAUUCACAGACCAGGCACAUGUCAUACAGGACGUACAAGAAUUUACAGCGUUCAAGGAAAAUGUUCCAUCACAAGACACGGUACAUGAAGAAAUCACCGCCACGCUGACCGGGCAGGAAAAAGCAAACCAAGAGACAGGUACUGCAGAAACCAUCACACCGUUGCAAGAGCCAUCCUCUUCUGAUAUGCCCACACAGGAAGUCCCAGAAGAAAUUUCCAUGCAAGAAGAUGCAUCAAAAAUUGUUACAGAUACAGAAGCACAAGAGAGAGCCAUAGAGAUGCAGUUUCUACCGGCUUCUACAGAAAUGGACACACAACCAGCUAGCAAAGAGAUAACAUAUACAGAUAUUGGUAUCCAGACAGCUUGCUCCGAUCCCUCUAUGAUUGCAGUUGGAACCCAGACCGAGUGUGAACAAGUGUCCAAAGCCAUGUCAACACAGACAGAGCCAUUAGAAGACCAAGAUUUAGAAAACACCAGUUUCCCUCUGCUCAACUUGUCAGAAUAUUUAACAACGAUGGAUGAUCCUUAUAUACAGAGACAGCACCGUAUGAUGAAGCAAGUAGAAGACCACAACGCAUCUUUGAAACGAAUUCAUGAGAAAGUGGACAAGAUUGAGGCACUGCUGAAGAAAAUCGUUCAUCAACCGAAGGAAGCAGAACCAUAUAACAACAAUGGAAUCGAACAGCCUACUUCAGCAGCGGCAGGAAGUAAAGCAGCGUCCGUUUGUUCGAGUGCAGGAAACAUGCUUGCCUCUUCACUUUGGACAUCAACACUGAAGAGAUUGCAGACACCAGCUUACAAGCCUUCCAAGACAUCAGAAUCAGCAACACCACAGAAACUACCCAAAUCCAUCUUUGCCAGCGUAGAAAGUCUUGCUUCCUCUUCCUCUAAUUCUUUAUCAACACAUAUGUCUUCAUCAGCAGCUACAAUUAAAGUUGCAAAGUCCAUCUUUCGGAGCAUUGAUUUCCUUGCUGCUAGUGAUUGUCCUUCAUCAGCUGAACUGUUAUACACGGACAAGUCGUCAGACAUUACAGAGGAGACAUUAGUUGUCACACAGCAGCGUAAACCAGUGAACUCUUUGGGCUUUGCCAAGAUGUGUGAAGAGGAAAGUUUUGGUGCGUUAAAUUCCGAAGAUGACCGUGAUGGGCCUAUGGAGAUAGGAAGCAUGCGUUGUGAAGACAUACGGAACUCCAAAUAUUAA